UCCAGUUCAAUCCAGGUGAUGGUUAAGACGGUUCAGUAGUUUGUGGUCAAUAGUAAAUCUCCAACCAUGGUGAGCGCUGAUGAAUUGAACACGGCUUUAAAAGCGUGCGGUUAUAGCUCGUUGGGCCACGACGAAGCCCAGACCAUCGUCAAGCACAUCAAUGGGUCAAUCAGCGAAAAAAACGAAGCAGCAAUGUUCAUUGCACAGCUGAUUCACGAGAGCGGUGGCUUCCAGCAUCGCGUUGAAACCGGAAGGGGACGCGGCCACGACUAUGGAAGCACCAGCUACUACGGCCGGGGUUAUAUUCAACUGACUCACGACUACAAUUAUAGAGAUGCUUCGAGGGCCAUUUUCAAUGAUGAUCGAUUGGUUAACAAUCCUGAUUUGGUGUCCGAUAGUGUGGAUAUGUCGAUGCGCGUUUCGGUGUGGUUCUGGGAGAAACGCGUUCGACCAGCAGGAGGUCCUGCUAAUAAUAAUUUUGGUUUGACGACAAAUGCGAUCAACGGUGGUUUGGAGCCAGCAGGCAGUGCCGGUGCAAUAAAACGUUAUGAUCUGUACAAAAAGGUUGCCGAUGAGCUGGGAGUCAAAUCCAGCCAAUAAGUGAUAAGCAUCUAUGCAGUUUCACUACAUAUGAAGUAUGUAAAUAUGUUUCUAGUUAAGAGACUUCACAAUUCAAUAUACGGUUUUCAAUUAUGGUCCACUUCAAUCACUUUGUAUCAACAGAUACGUAUUUCGUUUUGUAUUUGAAAGCUUCUCCAGUGCUUUGUUAUCGAUUUCUAGAAAACGAAAUACGUAUAUGUUGAUACAAAGUGAUUAUAGUGGAAAUAAAUGAAUAGUGAACUAAUUUUGCAACAUUUUUCUCCUAAAAUGCUCGAUAAAUAGAAAAUUAAUGUAAUCUAUUUGUGUGUUUUUUUGUAGAAGAAAUAAACAAUA